AUGAGUUCGUCGACUAUUACCGAUAAGGAGCCCUCUAUUAGUAAGGAAUCACAGCUUCUAUCAGAAGCUUCCGCUUCCUUAUCACCGAUGCCUGAACAAAUUAGAGAGUUGGAGUCUCUGAGGCUAGAGGGACUGGCCUCGCUGCGGGAGUGGGAAACUAACAGGCAGGCUUCGGCGGCAUCGUGGGCUGAGAGGGUUGCCGAGCUCUGUGUACAACUGAGGAAGGUCAUGGAUCAUGGCUUGAAAGAAACACAGGACGCUUGUGUUUUCCUCGUUGCGCGGAUCCAAGCUGAUCUAGCAUAUGCCCAGGCUUUAGAGGUGCUCAACGUCAAUGCACGUCUCCACUGGAUCUUCGCAUUCACUCAGGCAUUGCCGGAAGACCCAAAUAACUGGAAUGAGUACUCUAGACGGAGCGGCAAACUAUUGCAUGACUUCAAUGAGGCUACACAGACGACUCUCAUCGAUAAGGGCCUCAAAGAAGUAGAGGUCGAUUAUAAAGGGAGGAUGGAAGAGAUCCUGAAGGACCUCGAUGGUGCUAUUACAGAAUGCGCGUCAUCAGAGGAAGUUGCCGCGAGAGCAUGGAAAGAACAUGAGAGAAUGUUCAUGUCUCGAUUCACCCAUGCUGUUGGAACAGCCGACCGAUGGUCUACUGAAUUGACCUAUCGGAAGGCUGUUGCUCAAGCAGCACAGAAGCGGGAUAUGGUAGAGGCUCGUCUAGUGUCAGCAGUAGCUGCAGCAGACAGAGCUGAGUCUUGGCGGGAACAGAAUACCACAUCUGUACUACGCCAUUGGCUUACGAAACAGUAUCAACUCUGGCUACACGUCAGCUCUGCUGCACAGGAUCAACAACGGGUCCUCACUGAAGAACUUACUGAAGCCGCACUAUCCGCCACAGGCCAGGUCGAUGCCGUAGCGGCACUGCGGAUAUCAUCUGUCAGGAAGAACUCUAACUCGGCAUCCCCCCGUAGAGAUGAUCCUAAUUUGAAUAAAUCCAUCAUCGCGACCAGCCCUGAGAUGGUUUGCUUGAUGAGGAUGCUUGGGCCAUCCCCACCGCCCAGGAGCCCCGGCCGAGAGCCUAAGGACAAAGGUACUCGUCAGAGCUUAUUCCUUCGCCGAGUAGCUGGUGCCAUUUCAGCAGCAGCAGCUAGUGGACUGCGUAAAGCUGGGUCUGCUAGUCGAGAUGGAGUUGAAGAGAAUGAUCAUAUCGAAUCAUUGUUGGUUCGACGACCAUUUUUCCACGAUUUACGAGAGGAAUCCCGAAAGGCGGGAAACAACGAUGCUUCCCCUCUCACGGGCCUCGUUAUUCACUCGGCCACAGUCCCGGCUCUACCGAGUACAAAGAAAGGUGCAGGAUGGUUCGGUAGUGGGCCCAAGUGGACAACACAGAGAGUUACUGUUACAGCUGAUGCGUACAUCUAUCUGCAAGAUGAGCUUGACCAUGAUCAUGAUGAUGAGGGGAAAUCAAUAUCGGCUUUGUUGACGCAGUCGACAGUAACGCUUGCUCCAGAAGGGGAUGCCGAGAUCCUCUCAAUUAAGCCUCAGAAGCAGUCAGGGAUGUUUGCCUCGGCACCUAGAUCGCUACAGCUGAGGUUUCCACAAAAUGGCCAGCAUCUGGGCGAAAGAUGGUUGGAGCUGCUCCACCGUGUUCAGUGUCAAGCGAGGAAUCGAGACGAGCUCCUCGCUGCUACUGUCAGUGGGAAACCCUCUGAACUACGUCGAGAGACACGUGGACAAAGGAGUAGCGGAGAUGGAAGUAUGAACGCAUCAAAGCAGCCGCAGCAGCAAUAA